AUUUUAAGUAAUGUAACCAUCGUAAACAGCUAAUGUAAAUAUUUCACAAAUUUUUAGAAUACCGACUUUUAAAAGUGUAUUUGUAAUGCAAUCAUCCUCUAAUAAUCUUAAGCUUUAAGCGAUGCCAACUAAAACUAAAAAUAUUACUAUUAUUAUUAUUAUUAUUUUAUAAGAAAGUGUCUAUUUGUAGUUAACUACGCCUAUAGUCUAUAGUCUAUAGCCUAUAAUCAGGGAGCUAUUUGUAUUAAACUACCAAUAGUUUCUAGAGAGCUAUUGGUAGUCCAGCUAAUCAAAUUCAAAUCAUACCAAAAUCUGAGCUUUAAUACCCCUUCCAAUGCCAGGCUGGCGAAGUAGUAUUGCCCUGUUCAUUACUAGUUUGUACUAGUGAUAACACUAACACCUCUGCACUAAUUAUAAAAUCUACAGUAUCAGUAAUGUUUUAAAGUUUUAACACUAUCUGCUGUAGCCUUCCCCAUGCUCAGAUUUGGCUAUAUUGCUAUUUAAUUUAUAAUAUACCUAAAUAGAUAGAUGUAUGAGUAUGAGACUGUGGGAAAGGGAAGGGGACCAUAGCCUGGAAAUUUGUUACCCAGCUUCUUCUUUGCCAAGGCGCCAAGUAAGAUGACUAAGAUGUGCAGCUGUAAACAUUUUGUGUAUGCUAAUUAUUAUGAUUAAAAUUAAAAUAUAGGCCUAAAUAAUUACCAUAAGAAGUUUUACUGCAUACAAAGUCUGCAUAUUAAAAUCAAAAUCUUUUUACUUUAACUUUAUUUAAAUGAACUGUAUAAUAACGUAAUUAGGCUUAACGAUGAUAAAUAAACUUAGCAUUGUUUAGGAACAUGGUCACUUGAACCAACACAUAACCCUGCGAGUUAUUCCCAGCCGACUGCGUAUAACGCUCAGGGUUAUACGCAGUCGGCUGGGAAUUUAGUCAAAUAAGGUUUAUUACCGCUAGUUUGGCAAUUCUUAAAAAAGUAUUAUGCGUAAUUAGCUGCAUUAUGGGUUGUUUUGAACCCUAACUUUUAAUGUGAUUAACGUACAAAUUUUAAUUGAAUUAAUUUUAAUUAAUAUUGAAUAACAGUAAUAGUAGUAGUGCUAUUAUUAGUAUUAUUGCUUGUAUCUUAUAUAUUAUAAUUACGAUAUAAGUCAAAGUCUAAAUUCCUUCUUAAGUCUAAGACUAAGAAGAUGAUUAUGCCUUAAGGCAUUUCCAUGCUUUAAGUCUAGUCCUAUAUUCUGAUUGAUUAGGUUUUUAUAUGUUGCUAUGACACUAUGACUAUAUGGUUUGUUUUACUGACUAAUUCAGGAAAUAUAUUCUAUUAAUUUUUUUUAAAAUUAUAUCAUUUAUGAUUUAUUUUUUUUUUGGGUGACCUAUAACUGUGAGAUAGUAGUACUUACAGUGCCCCCUCUACAGAACCCCCUGACCCUACAGCUAUUUUUUUCUGCUACUCUCCACCCCUGAUUAUAAUUACUGUACCAGAGAAACAUGUUUUUAUCUGCCACAAAAUUAGUUAACAGCACAAAACAUAUAUUAACAACACAAACAUAUAUUAUGAUAAAUAUAAGUCGUAUAAUAAUAACACUAUUAACAUUACAUUGGCCAAGUUUUUUUUUUUUUCUUUUUGCUUUAGGUUUUUUUUGCAGACUCAGUAUUGCUUGGUGUAAUAAUCAGCUUUGACUGAUAAGGCAUUUUCAAAUUUAUUUAUGCUUGCUUUAACUGUGUCACUUCUGUUCAUGCCAAGUAUAACUAUAUCAAUCUCAUCGGCGUAAGCCAGGUACUGCAUUGGCUGGCUAUAUAAAGCUCCUGAUGUAAAAAAACUGAACUGGUAAAAAGACAUAAACAGGUGAAAUGAACAAGAAUAAUGUUUAAGUAUUUUAAUAUGAUAUCAAUUUAGUGAGAGAGGUUAUGAUUUGUUACUAUCUGUUCAUGUGUUCCCAGAGUGUCCACCCAAUUGUGGAGAUAAUGGAUUGUGUGAUGAGACUAGAACCAAGUGCUUGCAUGGGUGCCAGCCUGGAUGGUAUACAGAGAAUUGUUCAUUAGGUAUUUCUUUUGAAUGUGUACAACUACUUAUGAUUGUAUAACUGUCUGUUAGAACGUGUAUAAAUUAAAUGAAUAUAUAACCAUAGCCUUUUUAUUUUAAUAGAAAAAAUAUCUUGCUUAGUUUUCUUAACAAUUGAUUUUUAAUGUUACAUUUUGAAAAAUAUUAAAAUAAUAGUGAAAAUCAAUUGCUUGACGUCAAUUAAAAAAAAAAAAUUAAACUAUAUGGUUUUAUCUAAAAUAUGUAUACUUUAAAUUAAGUUAAUAUUAAACUUAAUAAUAAAAAUUAAUUUGUUUAUGUUAAAAUAUUAAUUAUAAAAAUAAUUCUUUAGGAUACAUAUUAGUUGAAAGCUUUUGAUUAAGCUUUGAUUAUAACUUAUAAGAUAAAAGCACAAAUAUAAUAUGGUUAUUAUUAUUUAUUUUUUUUUUGAGUUAAAAAACAUAUUUAUUUUAAAUAAUAUUAUUAUAAGGGAGAUAAUCUUUAACUUAAUAAGUGGCAAUCCACAAAACACUUCACACAGCUGUGAAAUGGAGGAGGUGUGUGGUCAAGAAUUAGUGAUGAUUUGUGAUUAAUGUGCUUCAAAUUUGUUGCUAUAUGGGCCUGUGGGAAAAGAGGGAAAAAUCAGCAAAAAAUGGAUGUAUUCAUUUAUGGAUGGCCCUGUAGUUAAAUCUAGUUGAUAAAUUUGUAGUAUUUAAAGGGACAAACACUUUUAUACAUCUUUGUUUUUCUAGACAUAAUCACCUAUUUAAUUAGGAUUUUAUACUUCUUUUUAUAUAAUUAUGUAUUAUUUAAGCUCUACACAUUUUCACCUAUUUAAUUAGGAUUUUAUACAUCUUUUUAUUUGAUAUAAUUAUAUAUUAUUUAAGCUUGUCCAGAAAACUGUGGAGGAGAUGGAUCAUGUCACAUUAAUGAAGGCAGGUGCAUUGUGGGAUGUAAACAUGGCUAUUAUUCACCCGACUGUUCCCUCGGUAAUACUUGCUUAAAUGUGUAACCGUCAAUGUUGUCUGUUAAAAUUUGUGAUGGAAAAUAGUUUGUUAAAAGACUUACAGUACUAUUUUUGUCAAACCAAAAGAAACAUAUAGAUGUGAACAAUCAGCCAUUUUUGUUUUAUUCCAAUUAAAAACAGAUGUCUAUAUAUUAAUAAUAUUAUUGUGACAAAGACAUUGUAGCAUGAGUGAUAGAUUGUCUUCUUUUUUCUCUUAAAGAUUUUUUUUUAGAUGUUUCAAUCAGUAAAUUUGUUUUUUUCUGAUUUUUUAAAUAUUUUAUUAAAUCAGAUUGAGUUAACUAUUUGUGUAAAUAAGUUAUUUAAAAGAACUUCUUUCCACAUAUUAUGUGGACAAUGUAAAUUGUUUACAUAUCUUCUAAAAAGAUUUUCAAAAGUCCACUAUGCAUUGUUUUAAGAUGCUCAAUUUAAGCCAAUAUGUAUUACCUGUCAAUACCUAACUGUUCACAAUAAAAAUCUAAAUAUCAAUGGAAUCAUAACAAGAUUGCCUCUUAAGAAAUUUAUUUAUGUUAAAUAACACUGGUCUUUUACCACUUUAAAGAUGUUAAAAGACAUUUUCAGCUGUGUGCCUCCGCAUCCAAAUUCAGUUGAAUAGAAAGGUUUUUAAUAUGUACAUAUUUGUGAUAUUGGGUGAUGUAGUUUUAUAGGCAUUAUGACAUAAAUACAAUUAAAAUUCUUACAACUCCUGCAAUGUUACUGUUGCCAAGUUGUAUCAUCCACAAAUGAUGUUCCUUUGGGUUAUCCAGGUGCGUGGAGACAGACAAUUUAUUGUCAAAGGAACCAUGUUUUACUCAUAAAGAGUAAACCCUGGCCUUGUGAUUUUGUCCUGCGAAGUCUGCACCAUCGUCAAAGUGUUACAGAGGGAGGCCAGAAAAAUUAUAAUGUUUGGAGUUAUGCAAUUUAAAUUCAACAUGACUAGUUUGACUUGAAUGACAUGAGAAAAGGAGUUCACACAUAAAGAUAGAGAAGUUAAUAUUAAAAAAAAAAAAUUUCAUUAGUUUAAAGUAUUUUUCUUUUAGUCUGGUUUUGAACAUUAAAAAGAAAGACAUUUUAGUUUUAAAAGUGGAUUAAACUGAAAGAUACAAAAUAUGCCUACACUAUAACCAAUUUUUAACCUGGUCUGUAACAAAAAUUUAACAAAAACAUAAAAAUAAAGUUGAUUUCUCAAAUAUAUUUUUAACAACUAAGUAAUUUAUUGAAUUCCCAGCAAAAGUCUAUUCCAUUAAAAAAAUCUUUGUGUUCUUACGUUAAAUGCACUUUUUUCCACCUAUCAACAGAUUGCCCACCCAACUGUGAUUUAGAUGGAUCAUGCAGUUUUCAUGGUGGCAGAUGCAUAUUUGGAUGUAAAAAAGGAUAUUAUUCACUUAACUGUUCACUACGUAAAUAAAUAUAUUUCUUUUUACAUUUUGAUAUAUUAUAUUUAAAUGUAGUAGUUAUAAUAAUAACAUUAAGUUAAGUUUAAAGAAAUAACAAACUAGACAUCUAGUUUAAAAUUCUUACUUACUUCCUUAUGCGAUUUACGCUGUCUACAGGAAUUUUCCAUUCAUCCUGGUCCUGUAUUUUUCUUUCCAUUGCUUCAAGGUGAAUCCCAUUUUUUGUAUGUCUGCCUCAAGCUUAGAUCACCAUGUAUUCUUAGGCCUUCCUCUCUAUUAUUUUCCAUGUGGAGUCCAUGCUAGGGUUUGUUUGAUGAAAUUAUCUGAAAAGGUGGGGGGGGUAUGAAGAGUAUGCCCUAUCCACCUAAAUCUUUUCCUUAUGAUGUCUUCAGCAAUAUACUCCUAGUAUGUCCUUUCCAGUAAGUCUUUGUUGAUGAUGGUGCUUGGCCAUUUGAUGUUGAGGAUUUUUUUAAAGCAAGUGUUUAUGAAGGACUGUACUUCCUGUGUAAUGGUCGCUGUUGUUUUCCAAGUUUCGGCUCCAUAGAGUAGGACUGUUUCGACAUUUGUGUUGAAAUUUCUGACUUUGGAUGACAGGGUCAGCUCAUUUGACUCCCAUAUUUUCUUUAAUAGUAGCACAAAUGCUGACCUAGCCUUCCCAAUUCUCAUCCUAAUAUCUACUACAGAUCCACCAUUUAUGUCAAUGGUGGUGCCAAAGUAUGUGAAGGCCUCAACUGCUUCCAUGCCAUUUCCUGCUUGGUUGGAUGAAUUUACCUUCAUGAUCAUUGUCUUGCUUUUUUUUUAUAGUGAGUCUGAGCAGUGCUGAAGUGUUGGCUACAUCUAUAGUCUUUACUAGCAUUUAUUGCUGGUUGUGGGACAAAAGUGCAAGGGUAUUCACUGUAUCCUGCUUCUCUUUUGUCUGUGGAUUUUUUCAUUAUCCAGUCAAUGGUGAUGAUGAAUAUGAAGGGAGACAAGAGACAUCCUUUUCUGUUUCCUGCUCCCAAUUUAAAUGCAUCUGUGAGUUUAACUUCAUUAACCACCAUACAUGUCAUUUCUUUAUUAGAUCUCUGAAUGAUCCUGAUUAGAGUUCCUGGUACCCAAAAACACCAAAGAAGUUUCCAUACGUUUAGUCAGCCCAGGCUAACAAUGGUCUGUUUGUAGUUGAAAAAAAGUCAGGUGUAGGGAAGAUUGUCAUUGGAUGGGCUGUUCUACAAUGAUUCGUAAUGUUGCUAUUUGAUGUGGGCAUGAUCUGUUUCAAAGGCAGCCAGCCAGAUGAAUUUGUAGUUUUGUGUCAACAUGGUCCUUUAUUCUAUUUAAAAUAAUUCCAUUGAAGAACUUUCCUGAUAAGGUCAGCAGUGUAAUUCCUUGGUACUUUGCACUGUUGUUGAGGUCCCUUUUCUUUGUUAUCUUGACAAUAUAUCCUUCUUUGCAAUGUUUUGGAACUCUCUCUUCUUCCCAUAUUUUUUCAAACAGAGGAUGCAGCAUUAUAGCUAUUGUAUUUAUAUUUACUCACAUUCUCAUAAUUUCUUUGUUAUUGUUAUCUGGUCCCAAGAAUGUUCUUAUUUUGAGCUGCUUGGUUACCAGGGCUAUUUCUUCUUGAUUUGGAGCACUGUCUUCUGUUUGUAAAUCUUCAUUUACUGGUUGUAUGUCUGGCUUCUCUGUGGGCUGAGGACUGUUUAGUAGUUCCUUUAAGUUUCCACCCAUCUUUUUUGUACUUUUCAUUCUGUUAUUGAUCUACCUUCAUUGUCUUCCUUGUGUCAAAAGUUGUAGGAAAAAAAAUUGUUCAAUUUAUUUUGCUACAUAAAAUUAAAUUAAUGAUUAAUGUGUUAUCUGGACAUUAUCCUAUAUUAUUAAAAAUUAUUUCCUAUUCCUUUUGUUGUAUCAUAGCAUGCCCAAAAAAUUGCAAGGUUAAAAAAGAAUCCCAUCAUCCUUGUAACUUUUUAAAUGGGAAAUGUAAAUAUGGCUGUGAAGAUGGAUACUAUGGUGCAUCAUGCUUAAAAGGUGAGUUGUUUUGCUAUAAAAAUAUUGAUUUAUUAUUUUUAUGAAAGACUUCCAAAAUGUAUGGCUUACUAAGCUAAGAUUUUUUUGGUUAAAUUAAAAUAAAAAAGCUAUACCUAUAUAUUUUCAAAUCCUUCCCAAAUGUAUGGAACAGAUAUAUUUAAAAAAAAAAUAAUUGAAUAUUUGUCUAUAUUUCUUUUCUUUUUAAAGGUCUUAACACUUAAAGGGAUUUUUUAAACUAAAAUGUUAAACAUGUUUGUCAAUAAGUAACACGUUUCCUGAAAUACUUACUCUUAUAUUUUAGUAAGUGUCCUGAAUGAAAUAUAUCUAAUUCAUGUAUUUGGAAAGUAAACUUGGAUAGUAUAAUAAUCUGGAAUCUCAAAACAUUUUGAAAAAUGCCUCGAAAUUUAAAAAAAAAAUAUUUCACUAGAUCAUAUGACCUGAUGUUACUGUGAUAAUAAGGUUACCUUUUGUGAUCCUUGCUACCUCCUAUUGCGAAGUCUCAAAUCCUAAAAGCUAAAAAUCCAAAUUUUACAUAAACGUAUUUGGCAUAUGUUUUUUUUAUACUAAAAAAUAAAAAAAAAAACAACCUUACCAUAUUCCACUCCUCAGAAAUCUAUAUUUAGGAGAUAUUUAAUCAGGCUUUCCUUUUUUCCAAAAUAGAAUUAUCCAUGUAAUACUCUUUACGUGUCUAACAUCAUUUAGUGUGUAGUAAUAUUUAUUUGCUCUAUAAUAUGAGCCAACCCAACCCCUUUUUAACCCUCUGUAUUAAAAUUUUAUUUUCUCUAAAAAUUUUAAAAACAUUUCUUAAAUUAACUAAAGAAAAUCGAUACACGAUUUUAAAUAUCAGUAACAUUAAAUUACUUUGACAUAAUGAUAUUUUCCUUAAACAUUUAACCAAACUGUAUUUCCAGAAUAUAGAGACAUAGAAUUUGUUAUCUAAAGGAAAAUCAUUUAAGUCAUUUUUUACAUUUGUAACAUCCAUUAGAGAUUUUUAAAAUAAAUAUUGUUAAUCGCAUGAAAAUCUACACCUACUUUUAAAUGAACUUUACUUUUCCCAAAGUGGAAAUAAUAAUAUAUUUUCAUAUUUUUAAAGAAAAUCUUAAACCAUAUUUUUUUUUAUGCUGCUGAAAUGUGAGAUAUUUUCUCAAAGGCGUGGAUCAAAUGUUAAAAACUGCAUUUGGUUAUGCCCUGUUAGAUAACUAACAUCUUAAUAAUCAAUAGAAUCUCAUUAUAUUUUAUAUACAUUUUUUUCUUCAAUAUUUGAGAGCCCACAAUAAAUUUAUUGAUCAUUCUGUCUCCUGGUUUGAAUUCAGAGUUUUCAAUCUUAUCAAAGUCUAACAAGUCCCCCCCCCCCACUCCCCCGUGCUUGAGAUAUUUUUACUUGUUUUGGUUUACUCCUUACUUGGUUUUCAUGUUUGAAUUCAGAUUUUUCCACUUUAUCAAAGUCUAACAAGUCCCCCCCCCCCCACUCCCCCGUGCUUGAGAUAUUUUUACUUGUUUUGGUUUACUCCUUACUUGGUUUUCAUAAAAAAUUGAUACUUUUAUACAAAACAUGUCAUAUCAACUAAAUAAUCACUUUAAAACUGAGCAAAAAAUAAUGCAAUUACAACAAACCUUGAAACAGUUCCUUUGUUGUUAUGUUUACCUAACACUGUAAUCAACAUUUCAAAAUGUUUCAGUGUGCUCAGAGGACUGUAUGUGGCAGCUGUGUGAACAGCAUACAGGACUUUGCAGUGGAGGCUGCAAACCAGGGAUUAGUAAACCAGUAUGUAACACAUGUAAGUAAAUAUGUUACACAAGGAAGCAAAUAUGUUAUACAUGUGAACCAUUCAUGACACAUGUAAGCCAGUGUAUGACAUAUGUAAGUCAGUAUGUUACGGAUGUAAGCCAAUAUGUUACACAUUUAAGCAAAUAUGUUGCACCUUAAAGCCAAUCUGUAAAUCUAUUUAAGCAACUAUGUAACUAAUGUAAGUAAAUAAUUAAUUCAUUUAACACAAUGUACGACAUAUAUUAGGUAAUAUGUGACACAAGCGAAUGUGACAAAUCAACAUACAUGUCAUCUUGUAGAAUUAAAACAAAAAAAGUUCAAAAUUUCCUAAAAAACUGUACAACAUGAAAAACUGUACAACAUGAAAAACUGUACAACAUGAAAAACUGUACAACAUGAAAAACUGUACAACAUGAAAAAACUGUACAGGAAAAUGAAAAAGCCCCUAAAAGUAUAUAGUAUAACUUUAUCAUAAUAUUUUUCAAUGCAGAGAAUUCGAAUACAUGUUUAAAAAAUGAAAAGCUUCCUCUUCCCUGUGCAUACCUUUGAGCUUGUCUACAUCAUUCAUAAAUGAUACAUCGUAUCUGUUAAAUGAAAAUAAAUUAUUUUUUAACUCCUAUUUUUAUCAAAGUUUUAAUUUUUUUAAACCUGUUCAAUAGUAGUUAAAUUAAAAAUGAACGAAGUAGAAAUUUUGCCUCUCUUGACCAAGCUAUUGAGUUUACCUUCAGCUUAUAACCUUACAUUUCCCUGCCAAGUAGUUUAAUGUCAUGAGGAAAGUAGGUUUUUUGUUUGUUUUUACUCUCUGCACCGUUUGAAAAUAAAGUCUUAAUUGGAAGGUUCCAGCCGUAGUAAAAUAAUAAAUAUGCAAAAAAUAAACAAAAUAUAGCCUACAAUUCUCACUGAUUUUAGUUCUAAAUGAUGUUUACUUAUACAAUUAAAAAGAUCACACCCUCUUUAAGUUUUAGAAAGCUUAACACUUAAAAACAGUCUAUACUAUGGUAAUACAUAGGAACAAUGAUUAAUGCUGGUUAUAGGUUGAUAGUACUAUUGAAUAUUUUUAAUUAUUUGAUUGCAACUAAAUAAACACUUCUGCUGAAUUAGUAUUAACAUCACUUCGGAGAUGGUUUCGGUGGGUCGUCGAGUUUGCACUCAUAAUACCGGCACUCCCCCAAACGGGCCAGAGCCGAAGCUCCAGACCGUGGGGAAGCGCGCCAGGAACUUCCCUCCUGGCCUGAGGGACGUCUGGCGGACCGAGGGCGCUGCGUUUAAAGUGUCCGUAGUCCACUCUCCUAUGGGUCAGGACGGCUUUACUUCCUCUCCGGAGAGGUGGUGUUGCGUUACCACUCCCCACCGCCCAGGGAGCUGUCCGGUCGGGACGUAGCGGAGACGAAACGGUUGACUAGGGGCGGCUUUCUCAGGGCCGCGUCUUUUUAAUCAUUGACAAGGGUUUGGGUGGCCAACCAUUGUCUCAUACCCAUCAAUGGCAACAGUAUUCAUGUUAGCGCUAAACUUCUGUUGCGUAGGAAGUCAUGGGCUUGACUGGGAUUUUUUAGCUUCAGAAGCCAUUCAGUGAGUUCUCUUAGCAAAAUCGGGGACUUAUUAAAUCUCAUUCAGAUGUGUGACUUCAGAGGAAGCAUGCCGGUAAAUUCAUACAGAUUGGGGAAUACUCGGGCAACUUGAACUAACUGCAGUAAAGGCAGCAUCCACUAGGUUUUCUUUACAUCACUCUUAGUCAUUGGGCAUUUACAGUGUGGCAUACAUUUCUUGUUUUUAUCUUGAAAUAUCUAUCAAUAAAUAUGUAUGUAUAUAUAUAUUUAUAUCUAUAAAUAAAUACAUAUUUCUCAAAAUGUUUUGUGAAAAGAAAAAUCAAGUACUUUAGUAAUUUUAUUGUUAGCUCAUAUUUUUAGCUCGUAUCUCACGAACAUCGUUAGAAGAUAUGCAUAUUCAAAAUUGAACCAAGUAACAUUUUACAAACAAAUUCAUGAUGUAAACAGGUGUUGGGAACAUAACUCAUUUGAUAUGUUGGGAGAGUAUGCAUGUGCAGUUUAUGUGAUGAUUAGUAAAUAAACUAUUUUCACAAAAUAUAUGAUAAUCUUUUUCAUAACAUUAAAUAAAUGUUAAAUUAAACAAUGGUCUUAAGUAGAAUUCAACAACAUGAUUGAUUUUAUGAAUUGUACAGUUUAUUGUGAUCCAGUGACGUUGCACUGCACAGACACAUGUAUGCCUAGACGAUAUGGGCCAAAAUGUAAUUUAGGUAAGCUGCUUUGCUAAACAGUUAUAUUAUUAUUAGUAUUAUUGUUGUUUUUACUUGGUAUUGUUGCCAAAUAACUUCCAUUUGCACUCUUCAAAAAAUUCUUAUACUCUAAUCAGUGACAUUCCCAACAAGUUGAUGGCAACAAAAAUAAAAUUAAUUUAUUGCUUGAAUGUUUAUUGAUAAGACAACAUUGAUUACUUAAACAAUAUUUGAAAAGGUUCUUCUUGAGCUGAAAAUUGAUGCAAAAAUGUUUUUAACCAGAUUGUCCUAAUUGUGGAGACAAGGGAUACUGUGACCGGGCACAUGGCCACUGUACUACUGGAUGCCAACAAGGAUUCGCUGGCAGUAGAUGUGAUGUAGGCAAGUAUUGGAUGUGAACAUGGAUGUGCUGGAAGUACAUGGGAAAUAGCCAUCUAUUUGAGGUAAAGGUGCUUUCACUGGCAGUAGAUGUAAAAUAAUGAUGUUUACUUUGGAUGCAUUAAGGUCCAAAGAAACCACGUACACAGUCCAAAGAACAUCUUCAGUGAUUCUGUGACAUGCUCUCUUAAAACAUUUUUUGCCACACUCUGCAAAAGAUGGAAUUUCAUCAGUUCGCUUGAAAUAACCAUGGAUUCACUGGCAGUAGAUGUGAAAUAGUCAUUUAUUGGAUGUAAGCAUGGAUUUGAUGGCAUUAGAUGUGGUGUAAUCAUUUUAUUGGAUGAAAAUAUGGAUUCAAUGGCAGCAGAUGUCGUGUAGCCAUUUUUUGGAUAAAAAGAUGGAUUCAAUGGCAGUUGAUCUGAAAUAGCAAUGUAUUGGAUGAAACGAUCGAUUCAAUGGCAUUUGAUCUGAAAUAGCAAUGUAUUGGAUGAAAAGAUGGAUUCAAUGGCAGUUGAUCUGAAAAAGCAAUCUAUUGGAUAUAGAGUUGGUGACAUAUAUAUAUAUAUAUAUAUAUAAUAUUAUUAUUUUUGGCAUUAUAUUUGAUAAUAAUAUAUUACUGGAUGUCAGGGUGGAUACAGAUGAAUAUGAAUAGUGCAAUUAUUAAUGUCAGUGUGGGUUAUUCUAAUAAAUAUGAAUAGUGCAGUUACUGAUGUUCUGACAGAUAUGAAUGGUGCAAAUAUUCUAUCUCAGCAGACUAGCAUUGUCUUUUAAGUUAAUAAAAAAUAUAUAUCUUCUAAAGCUAUUGCCAAUAUACAUUUUUUUUUUUGCUUAAUUGUGUAUAUAUAAAAUGAAUGUAGAUGCAUCAGAAGCAUAUUUGGGUUAUGUAUUUUUACCUGUUGCCUAAUUCAACAAUGUAGAAUUACAGUGUAAAAAAAAAAAAAGAAGUAUUAAUAGAUUUUAAACUGGAUAUAUGAUUUUCUUAAGUCACAUUAACAUUUUAACCUAUCACAUUACUUAAUUAUUUGAAAUAUCAUUUCUGUUUUUAUAUACAUUUCUUUUUAAAAAGUCAAACACCUAAAAACUAUUUUACAGGAAUUACAUCUUUCUUUAACAAAGCAACAUACAUUUCUUUAAACAAAUAGCAAACUGAUACAAUUUUUAUCUGUUGCAGAAUGUAGCAAGAGAUGUUUGAACAGAAUGUGUCACAGAAUCACUGAAGUGUGUUCUUUGGGAUGUGUUCGUGGUUUCUCUGGACCUUACUGCAACCAAAGUAAACAUUUGUUUACCAUUAAUGCCAUAUCCCCCCCCCCCCCUUUAACCUUGGUGUGAUAUUAUUUAUAUAAGAAUGAGCUAGACUGACUAUAAUGCCAAAGAGACGAAGUGAUUUAAGUACGUUCGGAUUCUUAAAAACAAUUACAGUGAUUUUCUAUUAUUUUACAGAAAUCAAAUAAAUUUAAAUGUGCAAAAAUUAUGAUAUGUAUCCUCUUUUAUUUUAAUAAAAAUUUAAGAAUUAUUAUUAUGAAUUACAACUGCAGUAGAACCUGGUUAUUUCAACCUCGGUAACUCGCCAACCCUGUUAUGUCAACGUUUUUUAAAUGGAACCUCCAAUUCUCUCUUUUUCUUAGUAUUUUCUCCUCGGUUAUGUCGAUUCUUUUAUUUCACCGAACCCUAAUAUCUCCAGCACAAGAGGUGGACAAAUUUGCCACUUAGCCUCGAUUAUCUUGAUUCCCAUGAAAAUUAUAUAUAACAGAAAUUUUCCUACUUCGAAGUGUAGUAAUUGAAAUGACAAUAUCAUUGUUCAUGCAUUGAACUUGACACAGCAAGAAGCAAGGAGUGAUAGGCUUGCAAACAAAAGGAAUAGGUCAAAGUACCUGUACUGUGUAUAAUGAGCCCGCUUGUUGCUUUCACGCGUUCGUACACUUUGAUUUUUUUUUUAAAAAGCAGAAACCAUAUUUGAAUUAACUGAAUUGGCCAAUCCUGAGCGAGAGAAAAAAAAGCUCCCGUAUUCGGAACUGAAGAAUAUUUAGCCUCACAAAUCCGGAAAUCCGUGAUAAUCCGGAAAAGUGGCACCCCACAUAUGCCUUGUGUUGUUUAGCAAACAUGUUUGUACAUUUUUAUAGUUUGCCAAUCAAACAAAUGGUGGUAACACUAUUGUGUAAAAAAAAACUCCAAAAACACAUGCAUGUACAUUCUCAUUUAUAAACGCGUGUUCAUAAAGAAAUUUCAAGCACAUGUUAAAAUAUUUCUGCCAUAUUGUUUUUUAUUUAUAAUAAUAAUAAUAAUAAUAAGUGGUCUUAUAUAGCGCGGUACCCCGGCCUAGGGCUGGGCUCACCACGCUGUACAUAUAUAGCAAAGAGGCAUAAUCAUAAUAUUAAAAUAAAAUACAUAAAUGAAAUAAAAACAACAUAUAAGCAAAACAACACCAUAGGUCUAUUCAUCCACCCACACCAGACAUUUUUACAAGGAAACCCAUGUACGUUUAUCGGUUUAUAGGAGGAGAAUCAGUCAGAGUAGUAUAGUUUAAAUAGAUGUGUUUUGAGUGCAGUUUUGAAGGCCUGUGUGGUUGUUAUAUUGCGGAUGUGUAGUGGCAAAGAAUUCCAUUGUUUGGGGGCGCAGAAAGAGAAGGAUCGUUCACCAUAUAAUUUAGUGCGUGUCUUGGGAACGGACAGAAUACGCGAGUCUGCGGAGGAGCGAAGUUGUCGAAGAGGUGAAUAGACAGAAAGAAGUUCAGUUAGAUAGGAAGGGCAGGAAUCCGAGAAAAAGUUGUGACAGAGAAGAGACAGCUUGUAGUCAAUGCGUGCCUGUAUAGGGAGCCAAUGUAGUGAGUGGAGUAGUGGAGUGACGUGAUCAUGUUUUUUUGCCUUAAGAACAAGCCUAGCAGCAGAGUUUUGAACUUUCUGCAGUUUUUCUAUAAAAUGUUUCGGUGAACCUGACAGAAGUGAGUUGCAAUAGUCAAGACGAGAGAGAACAAGAGCACAGACUAGAGUUUUUGUUGCGCUAACUGUCAGGUAGUGGCGGAUGGAGCUGAUCUGACGGAUGGCGGUGUAUGCCGAACGACAAAUGUGAGAGAUAUGUUUAUCGAGAGACAUGUUGUUAGAAAGAAUAUAACCAAGAUUCCUAGCAGAGGGUGUAAACUGUAUGUCAGAGUUACCUACUUGAAAUGAGGUGGGAAGAGUUGAGGUAGAGGAUGAUUUGUGAUUGUAAAUGAGGAGUGCUUCUGUUUUGUCAUCAUUAAGCUUCAACUUGCUGAGUGUCAUCCAAGACUUGACAUCAUCAAUGCACCCCCGCAAAGUCUGGACAGCGGAAUCGACAAGAGAUGGAUGGGUAUGCAUGUAUAGCUGUGUAUCAUCUGCAAAUGACUGGUUCUCAACAGCAUGCCUCCCGAGCAAGAGGAGUAGUGGUCUGGUAUACAUUAUGAAUAGAACCGGACCCAAAACGGACCCCUGUGGCACUCCGUACACCAAAUCAGCACUGCCGGAGAGACAUCCAUCGACAGAGACCAUUUGCGUUCUAUCAGAGAGGUAGGACCUAAACCAAGCCAAAACCGAACCAGAAAUUCCAAAGUAGUUUUCAAGGGUUAUCUCGAUCAUCAGUUAUCUUGUCGCAAUUUUGCAAACCCCAAGACCGUCGACAUAACCAGGUUCUAUUUUCUAUUUAAAAUAACAAUAAAGGAACUAUUUUAAGCAUUUUAUGAAAACAUUUUAAUUAUGCAAAUUAUGAUCUGCAAUUCCGUUAACCAUUUUAUAAUUUUGUUCUUAAAAUAUGGGAGGGAGAGGGAGGGAUACUUUCAUUUAUCCCGAGGAGGCACAAGAUACUCCUCAGAACAAGGAAUGAACUUGAUAAAUAAUUACCUUCUUAGGAACAUAUGCUUUGGGGAUAUGAAAUAAGAUGUGUACAUUUUUACAAGGAUGACAAUAUGUGUAAUCCAAUUAUAUGACAGUUAUGAAAAAGAGAUGUUACAUUCUAUUUUUAAAAAUAAACAUAUGUUUAUCAAUUAAGAAAAUCAAUGGCUUUAAUAAAAUGUGGGUACAUCUACAAAAGUAUAGCUAUGAAUAUCAAAGCAUUUUACACAAGUGAAAAUUACAUUUUGACAAACAGAUUUGGAUGAAGAUUGUCUUUCUAACAUUGAAAAUAUGAAAAUAUAUUUUUUUUAUACUUUCUGAAAAGUAAAAUGGAUGUAUAUUGUUAUAAGAUUAAUAACAUUAAUGUAAAAAAGACACUCAAGGCUAUUACAGAUGUGAAAAACGGAUAAGAGACUCUUCUUUAGAUAAAAGAAUUCUUUGUUUUACAAUUUUCUGCAUAUAUAGUAGAAAACACAGUAAAAGUUUAGUUAAAUUUUAAUGAAGAUAUUGGUUUAUCUAAUUCCGUUAAUAUAACAUUUAUUUAAAAUGGUAUUUAGAGUUUUUGUAGUAAAUUUAAGAUUCAGUUUUCACAAUUUUUUAGAGAAAUGAAAAUUUAGUUUGGGUUAACAAAAAAUUGUAGGCUAGGCACGACAUUUAACAAUUUAAAACACAUGACAUCUGAAGUAUUUCUCUAGCAUAGAAAUCAGCCGUCAAUGACCUCCUUUAGUAACAAUAAUGAUUUAAUUAAUGAUCAUUUAUUUAGUAAUUUAAGGUCAGUCAUGUUUAGGGGAGUAAAAAAUGUAGUAAGGGGUGCGAAAAGAGGUCAGUUAGGCAUAUAAAUAUAGCAUAAGAAUACUUCUUUACAUGAUUUUAAAAACCUAACUAUCAUUACAUAAAUAAUUUUUUUAAACGACGGAGUUGUGAUGUGUUUUUGCAAUAGAAUGUAGACAUUAUUGCAAAGUGCCUGCCAUUAUUAUCUUGAUAACAUCUGGUGAUAUUUUCUGGUAUAUUAAAUUAAUUUAUCCUUUUUUUAAAAAAAAUUUCUUCUGUCAACUCCAAAGUCAAUAGUCUCUGAACAUAUUUUAUUUCCAGCUAAUUAAUCUCAAGACAGAUUAACCUUAUGCUUUUUAAAAUAUUUUUGCAUUGAUAUGACAGCUUUAUGUUCACAGCAAACCUAUUAGUUAAAAGUUACAAAGAACAGAAAUGCUAUUUUAAUUACUGCAGAUACUAUUCCAUUAAAGAGAAAAUAUGGGACAAAAUAAUUAUAUAAAUAUAGGCAUACUUUUUAUAAGUUGUGUGAUUUUCUUAUUGAGUUUAAACACUGAAAUAAAAUCCCAUUACUUGUAUUCCUUCUGAAACAUUGCAAAAGAAUAUUUCCAGUUUUUAGUUGAAAUGAUCUAAUAUAUAUUUCCAAAGACCACUCACAGACUCACUUAAGCAUAAUUUGUUAAAGAAGUUUAUAAUUAUCUGUUCUUGAUCUUGUCAGGCCCAUAGCAAGUGUACAUUAAAACAAAUCAAUUUGAUGAACCUUUAAACAUGAAUCCUUUUUGGUUGUUAUUUGAUGUACUAGUUGUUUAUAAUUGUAUAUUAAAAUUCAUUCUCUAAUUUUAAUCACAAUGAAAAAGGGCUAUCAUCAACAUAAUAUUUUUAAUUUUAAAUGUUCAAUUUAGGAUGUUUAGUUUACAAUUUUAAUUUUCUUAAUUUUGUAAUUUAUUUUAAUAUACUUAAAUAUGUUCUAAAUCUACACUACAAAAGACAGUGUCACUCUGACAAAAUGUGUCAAUAACAAGCUCUUCUGGAGCUAUGUGUAGCACCAAAAUUCCUCAAAUGCUGGAGUUUCUUCCCUGAGGUGAAAUGGCCAUUUGACAUCUGACCCAAAAGCACAGGCUGACCUACUUAAUCAGCUGUUCCAGUCGGUCUUUUGUGACAGUAGAGAGUGAUUGGAGGCUGAGUUCCUUCUAAGGACCAACAUGAUGAACAGGGCCUACCCCGACAAGGAAGUUAUCCAGAUUUCAGAACAGGGUGUGCUUGCCCUCCUUAAAAUCAUUAACCCCUACAAAGCAUGUGGUCCUGACAACAUCAAACCAUGAGUGCUCAAAGAGUUGGCCAAAGAUAUUGCUCCUGCUCUGACCAUCCUCUUUCAAUUCGCCGCUUUGCACAGGCAAUGUUCCAGAAGACUGGAGAACAGAACAUGUCACUCCAGUCUACGAGAAAGGGGAGCAUUCCGACCCUGCCAACUAUCAUCCGAUAUCCCUCACCAGCGUGGUAUGCAAACUGUUGGAGCACAUAAUCAUAAGCCCAGUCAUGAAGCAUCUUGAAAGUCAAAAUAUACUCAAUGACUGUCAACAUGGCUUUUAGAUUAUGCAUCUUUUUUUCUGGGAUCGAUUUACUAAGAAAAGCAUAAACAGGUUGGAGGCGGUCCAGCAAUGGGCAGCACGCCCUGAACCACUACAGGAAUACCUCUAGUGCUGGCAGCAUGCUGGAAACACUAAACUGGUAACCAUUGGAGGAAUGACGACGUCUAUUCAGGCUCUCCAUUAUGUACCAGAUAAAUAAUGGGCUGGACCACUGCUCCAGCAUUAAUCAGAAAUCAUCCCUCUCCCCCAUAGACAGCGUCGAGGCCAUGACAGGCAAUUCUGGCUAAUACCAGCAACAAACCAGUAUAGGAACUGCUCAUUCCUUCCAAAUACAAUCAGGGACUGGAACAAGCUUUCAAAAGGAACAGUUGAGGUGACAACACUUGACACAUUUGCAUCUUUUGCCUCAGCAGCCCUUCCGACCCCCAGUGCAUGAUACCCUCACAAAGUAGCCCUUGCAACCAGCGAAAUAUCCUCAUCAACACCAGCCACAGAAAUAUUGCAAAUCCCCUCUACAUGCAAAGGAGCUAAAAUGAUCAAUAAAUUGAAUUUGGGCCCUUAAUAUAUAUAUAAGAAGAUACGUGUAUGUGUAAUAACCCAAAUUAAUUUAAAACAAUAAACCCAAACAUAGGAUUGCAACCAAAUGUCACAUGAUCUUACCACCUAAUCCAAAGAUGGUUGAAAAUCACUAUGCACAAAACUCUGUAAUUUUUAAAAUAGUCAAAUUUUCAUGUUUGCAAAAAAAUAAAAAGCCAAUUUUUAAUAAGGGUUUAGCAUUUUGCCAAAUUCAAUAGAUAAACAGCGUCCUGAUAAAUAUAUAAAUGACAAUCUCAAAAAUAUUGUGACCAUUGCCUUUGUCCACUCAUCGCCAGAUGUUCUAUGCUAUUUACUAUAUUAUGUCUUGUUGGUCUUCAUUGAGAAAACAAAAGCAGCAUUUUUUAAAUCAAAUUAUUAAAUGGGUAAAAUCUGCUCAUAUCUGCUCAUGUUUUUAUUAAUGAUGUGUUUCAAGGGAGAAACUCCUAUGAUACUACGCAUUACUUUAAUGAAGUAAUGUACUAUAGAUGUUUUAAAGUUUUAAAUUUUGUACUUCUUCCAUACAUAUUUCUUUGUAAGAGGAAGUAGAUGUAUAAAUACUUAAUUAUUACUAAGAUUGUCAAGUCUUUGCUACUCUGUUCUGCAGCAGAGAUGUUAAUGGGCUAAACCUGUUGUCAUAAUUUAUAAUGAAUUGUAUUUAGGGUGUGCCGCCUGUGCUGGAGAUGGCAGAUGUACACAGGGCUACAGAAUAUGUUUAAGUGGAUGCUUGGAAGGUUAUGAGAGCAGCACCUGUUCUGUCAGUAAGUAGUGAUGUUUUAUCAUUCAGUAGAAAAAUCAAUAUGCUAAUUAACUUUUAUUUUCUCUGCCUUUUUUAUAUUUGUAAUUUAUUUUGGAACAAUCUAUUUAGUUUCUUGUUAAAAAAAAUAUAUAUAUACAUACAGUUUGUUUUAAAUUAUUUUAAAAAAGACAGCAUAUACUAAAAAAGAAAAACUUUGAUACAAGCACACAUUAAUUAUGUUGCUACUGUCAUUUUAAUACAAAUAUUACAUUUUGAAAAAUAAUUAACAAAUUGUUGGUUUUUAUUUUUAAAUAUUUUUUUUCUUGUUUAUUAAAAAUAAAAUAUAUGGACACCAAAACAACAUACAUCCAAUUAGGAGAUUGAUUAGUUGGUGACUGUGAUAGGCUAGAGAAGGAUAGGAGUAGUUGGUGACUAAUAGGUUAUCGAAGGAUAUGAGUGAUUGGUGACUUUGAUAGGCCAGAGAAGGGUAGGAGUAGUCGUAUAGGAAAUGAGUGAAACAAAGCAAGGUUAAACCUGAAAAAUGGAAUUUAAAAAAAAAAUAUAUGUAAAAAUAUAACACUUAGCUGAGAAGUAGUUUAUAUAUUUUUAAAAAAAAAUUUAUUCUGCUUUUUGUUAGCUUUUGAAGGCUUCCUGCCGGCACUUUCAUUGUUUUGUUGCAUUCCCUUUUUCAGGUUCAACCUUACUUUGUUUCACUCAUUUCCUAUUUUGCUAACCUGAUUGCAGUCUCUCCUCUUAUCACGUAGGAGUAGUCAGCUGGUUGGAUGUUUUCGGAGAUUAAUCUAGACUUGAAGUAGGUGAUUAUUUGGAGUUUGUCUGAGUUGAAGUUGAAAGAUAUCUUUGGGGUUUCUCCUCUUAAUAGGUGAAAGUGAAAGUAGUUAAAUAUAGUACCCAGAGACAGGGGAAGAAGGGGGUGGAAGAGAGCAGACGAUAGAGAAGGAAAGAAUACUGUAGAGAGAAUAAUAAAGUGUAAAUCACCAAAAGCUAGAAUGCAGGUGUAAAUAUCCCACUAUAUAUAUUGAACACAUUUUUUUGUUACAUUUUACUUAUUGAACUUAUUGAUUAGAAAAUUAUGUUGAUGUAGAUCCAACACUGUCUGCCAAACAGAAUUUUUUUAUUUACAAAUAUGUAUGAGUUUGUUUUUUUUUUCUUAAAAAUCUUCAAAACAAUCUCAAAUAUUUUUUAUGCUUGGUAUUGUUAAUAUGAUUUUUUAAUGGAAGUGGCUGCUUACACCGUGGCUGUGUACCUAGCAAAACUAUGGCCCUGGGCCUGCAUACACUGCGACAAAAAAGUACCAUUGGUCUGCUUUUAUAAUAUGCCUGUUAAAUAUGAUCUUGUGUGGUCUUGUGAUAGUGGAGUAAAGUGGACACUAGGCGAUAUUGUGUUUUGUGAUCAAUUCGCAGAUGGUGUUCAAGUUUGUUUCCUCCAUUUUUUAUGUUUUAUAUAUAAAUUAUUAUGUUCAUUUGUAACAGUAGUUUCAUGAGAAUGUUGAAACAAAUUGUGUAGCAAUUUAAAUAUUUUAAUUUUAUGUUAUAUUCAGAUUAUCAAGUGUUAUAAUUCAAACUUAAACAAGUUGUGUCGGCCUAUGAAUUUGAAAAUAAUAAGUUAGAAAACAAACAGAAAACGCAUGUAUCAUGUAUUUAGCAUGUAUAGGCUAUAAUAACCACGGAGCAAUUUUGAAUACUAAGUGAUAUUUUUUUGCAUUUCCAAAUUCUUCAUGUAGUUGAUGUAGACUACAUGUUUUCGCAUCGAACGAACAUCCAAAUAAAAUAUUAAUAUGUCAUAUGAAUAUUUAUGUGCAUGUUUCAAUUUCAAUCAUCUUGCUUUCACUAUGCAUUGGCAAAAUGUACAGCUGAUAUCCACUGUUCAUUCACAAUCUUCAGUCUCGUAGCAAAUCUUUUGAAAACACCAAUAUUUUAGAAACAUACAGAGCGGUAGGUCUGCGUUUACCCUGUUUAAUGACAGAAUUUUGUUUCCUGAAUGGCAUGGCAUGUAGUAUUCUCAGGGUAAAAACAAACGUUGUCUUGCAGAAACCAUUGCACAAUGCGCGUGGGACAGGAUUUGCACUACAUCAAAUUUUUAAUUUUGUUUUUAGUUUUAAAAAUCCAUGCGGGGUGAUGGGAUGAGUUAUGGGCAUAGGCUCAACAGGGGGUUUAAAACCAAAAAGGUGGAACACAAAUCACGGCUCUGGAUAAGGGUUGUCCACAAAGGACGUCCGCACAACAAAUUUACCAUUUGCAUACCCCCCCCCCCCCACCCACCAGGGGGAUUAGCUGAUGUCCGCCGGUACUUUAACAGUGCUUAAAAUCGGUAUGAUAUAUAUGUUCAUCCAUAUAUUAAUGAUGCACUGUGGGGGGAGGAGGGUGUUGUUAAUUUUGGAUAUUUUGCCUACUGUGGUUUACAUUGGGAGGUGGUUUGGCUGAAAGAAUGUACGUUUAAUAAUUAUCCUGAAUUUCUGACACUCUAAUACAUCUAAUAAGGCCAACAUUAACCUAAAUAUUUAUCAUCAUACUGUUGUUUUUUGUUGACAAUCGCUUGAUAUCACCAUGACAAUAGUAAUGGUUAGCCUCAGAAAAACUUUAACUUCAAGACCAAUGUACCUGAUUCUCUGUCUGUAACGUAUUUGUUGCGUAAGUAAAAUAUUUGAGUUCACAAAAUAGAUACAUUGGCUCCACUUUCAUUUUCAUACCCCACGCCCCGAGCGAUCACAUAAAAUCUUAUAUGCGCCACCACAAAGUGGUGCAUGGGUGAAAAAUUGAUUUCAAAUUAGCUAUCCUUUUUAUCUCUUAAGGUUCACAAUCAGAGGAUAAAACUUACAAUUAUUGAGAAAUAUCUUUGUAUUUCAAUAUACGGGGACAGGGGAAAUAAAGUGGUUAACUUUUUAAGAAAAUCAUGUUAAACAUUACAAUUCAAACCCCCCCCCCCAUUUCCAUAAAUACUAGGAAAUACUUUCCUCUUUACAAAUAAUUUGCCACGAUACUGUGUAACUUACAAAAUUUAUUUCAAUAUACGGGGACAGGGGAAAAAAAGUGGUUAACUUUUUAAGAAAAUCAUGUUAAACAUUACAAUUCAAACCCCCCCCCCCCAUUUCCAUAAAUACUAGGAAAUACUUUGCUCUUUACAAGUAAUUUGCCACGAAACUGUGGAACUUACCAAAUCUCUUCCUUUCAACCCCCAAAAACAACAAUAAAAAAGUAUAUACAUUUCUUUACAACAAAAAAAAAGUACAGUUCCAAUCUUGUAGGAACGUUGUUCUGUUGCGUUCAUGCAGGAAUUGGGACAUGCGCGCAGUAAAAAAAAAUAUGUCUACAACUUUUGUUUAAUCUUGCAGGUAUUAAAUGCUUUUUAAAUAAAUAGUUUUCAGUUUCAACAAGAGUAUAGCAUUAAUGUUACAAUUACCGGUUAGGCCAUCAAGUUUAAGACUCGCAAAGACCAUGGUUUUGCAAUUUAAAUCAAUGCAGUGUACGCAGGCCACAACCAAUGAUUUUGCUAGCUACACUGCUGUGGUUCACGCGGGCCAAAGUCCAUGGUUUUGCUAGGUAAACCGCCCCAAUGUACAUAGUGCAGGCCUUUUUUAAUUUUUGCGUGAAAAAUAAAAUUAUUCUUAAUGUACUUUAUUAUUAUUAUAUGUGUCUUUUAAUUAUUGAUAUUAAUAUUUCAGAAUCCAGUAACUUACAGGACACCUACUUCAUUAUCUUCAUGUGUUGCUCAGUCUUUGCCACCCUGUUAACUGUUUUGUUUACCAUAUUAUUCAGAGUAAGACGAAGAUAUAUGUCUUCUUUUCAGCUGGAAGAAUUGGAGUGAUAUUUCCUCUAAUAGUCUAAGUCUGCUUGUCAACACAGACUUUGAGUCCUGUCUCUUUAUGAGUGUUAGACACUCAGAAUAGUAUCAACUCAACAAUUAAAAAACUGCUGCAUGAAUGAUUAUGUUUUCUAUUGAAAAGCUAAGCAUAUUGUGUAAGACAUGAAUCAGUAGGUGAGAAAUUAUUUGAAAAUAACUGUAAUGUUAGUAAAUGACAUUCAAAAAUAAAAAGCAAUACACAUCGUAAAGAAAUAUUCAUGUUCAGUAUGUAUUAUUGUCACAAACUAAUGCUAUAUGUACCGAGUAAUAAGUAUUUAUUUUCUUAAAGAAGACCUCUUUUAUUUUCUUAAAUAAUUAA